CGCAAUAAAUAAGUAGCCCUGAGCUGAGAUCUGAGAAUCAGCAUGCGUGUACGAUCAGAUCCUCCUUGGCACCCACAUUCAAUUUCCAUCUUUGUACGUAAUGACAAGGUUUCCCAACCCGGGAAGAAGUCGCCUGUUUGACGAUGUGACCCCAUCCCCAACCCCUGGCCUUCAUAUGUAUGUAAACCUCAGCCACCCGGGCCAACCACCGCUCGUCGUUCGAGACCUCUUUGAAACGCCUAUUUGUAACAAAGUCUGCCGCAGAUUACGACAACACCCACCACUGCUACUCUCCCACAAAGCACCAGUCUACGUAGGCUCCCUCUUUCGUACAUAUUAACACAAUCGAUAAUAAAAACCUUGUCUGUCUGGGCAAAAGAAGAUUCCAUUGAAAUACAGAUCGCCCUGCUCUUUACUUGCGGGAGAAAAAGCUUGGCAUUCAUUUCUCUCAUCAUUCUUUGUUUGUUCCCGUCUCCAUUUCUCUUCGGCUGGCCUGGACUGGUGAUUGUAGUGCUGCGCAUUCUACGGCCGCUGGAUUUCCCUUCGCUCUUCUAUUCUUUUCGAAGUCUAGUUGUAUUUUACGCUAUUGGAAUUCCUCGUAUCUUGAUACCCAAGGAAGAAUAAGAAAGAAAAAAGGCACAAUGUUCGGAAAGACACGUAUCCCGCCCUACACUCCGUCGGCGAACGACGUGGUGCGCCGCCAGUACAUCGAGGAUGAGAAUGGUCGUUACGUAUGGUUUUGGUAUACUCGGACAGGCGUGAUUGUCAAAUGGUCGCUAUUCCUGGGUAUCCUGCUCCUACUAAUGCUGUACCUCGUCCUCGGCCGCAUGCACGCUAGGAAGCUCAUCCGGCAAGGCAAAAAACCAAUGACCUACCACGGCUGGCUGCUUUCCCGCCAAGAGAGAGGCACCGUCGACCCGCAAUAUGCUUGGCCGCAAGCUUCCUACACAACCUACCAACAGAGGCCGGGUUACGGAGCCCCUAACUACGGCAUGCACCAUAUGCCCCCGCCCGUCUACGACCCUAACAACAGACCUCCGAUGUAUGAGGGAGGUCCGCCGCCGAUGGGAAGCACUAAGAUCGAUCCCAUGCAAACCGGUGUAGAGCCGACGCGACAACCCGCUGGCGAUGACUAUGCGCCGCCUCCCGGGCCGCCACCACCUGCUGCGCAGAGAUAGACGGUUGAUUAGGGACGGAUAAGCACACGGGCGGUUAUGUUACUUAAUGUUGGGAAGGGAGAAAGGAUUUCAUAGUGGACUUGUCUAAAUUCAUACCCAAGCUUGCAGUACGUAGCAAGAAAUAGCAUUGAAUAUGACAGAUGACUUGUACGA